AUGAACAGGUACAGUGUGUACAGUUACAGCGUGCACAGGUACGGUGUGCACAGGUACAGCAUGUACAGGUACAGUGUGUACAGUUACAGCGUGCACAGGUACAGCAUUUGCAAGUACGGCAUGCAUGGGCAUGGUGUGCAUGUCACAGUGUGCACAGAUACAGCAUGUACCGGGCCCACGGUGGCGCUGACCUCGGCCUCUCUCGCAGGGGGUACCACCGUGCGGCUGGUGGGGGCUGCGGGGCGCUGCGCCGGACGGCUGGAGAUCUUCCACGCCGGGCACUGGGGUACCGUCUGUGACGACCUGUGGGGGCUGCCGGACGCAGCAGUGGUCUGCCGGCAGCUGGGCUGCGGGGCCGCCCUCGAUGCACCCCGGGCAGCGUUUUUUGGCGAGGGCACCGGGCCCAUCUGGCUGGAUGAUGUGCGGUGCCAAGGGAACGAGUCGUCGCUGCUGGGAUGCCCGGCUUCCCCCUGGGGUGUCACCAACUGCCAGCACCGGGAGGAUGCUGCGGUUGUCUGCGCAGUGGUCCCGGGGCAGUGGGUGGGAACGGGGAUGCUGUGGCUGGAUCGCACACCCCGUGAGUGCGUGGUCCUGCAGUGUGGCUGUGCUACAAGCGGCAGCAGGGAGAGUGCUGUGCGUGCGCAGCGCGUGUGUGGGCAGGGUGCAGUGCAUGCAUGCAAUGAGCUGGCCGCCCUGGAUGUCCAUCCUGCAGAGCCCACUCGCCACCAGCCAUGGAUGAAGCCGGCCCGGGUGCUCCCCUUUGCGCGGUCCCGCGUUCCCGCCUCUCCCCGGAGCACCGCAGCCAGCCCGCCCCCAGCAAGGACAGCCCGUCAGGUUCUGUGCUGUGGCGUUGUGGCCGGAUCCGCGGUGCCAGCCCGGCUGUGGGGCGGCCGUUCGCGCUGUGCUGGGCACCUGGAGCUCCUCUUCGCUGGCACCUGGGGCUCCGUCUGCGCCGAGGGCUGGGACCUGGCAGCCUCCCGGGUGCUGUGCCACCAGCUGGGCUGCGGUCGCCCGCGCCUCAUCCCCGCACCCUGCCGCCCCGCGGCAGCCAGCCACCCCAGUUUCCCCACAGAGCCCUUCCAGCUGCGGUUGGUGGGUGGCCCUGGGCACUGCGCCGGGCGGUUGGAGGUGAACCGUGCUGGGCAGUGGGGCACAGUCUGCGAUGACGGCUGGAGCGGGACCAAUGCAGCAGUGGUUUGCCGGGAGUUGGGCUGCGGGGCGGCAGGGACAGUUGGUGACCUCCUCCGGGACCGGCCCCGCUUUGGCCCCGGUGCUGGGCGCAUCUGGCUGGACGACGUCCGCUGCCGGGGUCAGGAGGAGACCCUGCAGGAUUGUGCCCACCGUGCCUGGGGACGCCAUGACUGCACCCACCAGGAGGAUGUCGGUGUGGUCUGCCAGGAUGCCUGA